GGUGGAAAUAUUGCCGUCAAUGAGCAUGGAAAGCUAGAUAAUGAGAUAACCAUAACGCUGAAACUGACAAUCCUGCAGGUCAGUCGCAGGUAUUACAAUUUUCGAUUUGAGGAUCGUUUGGCUAGUGAAGGCUGGCAUGCUGACACCACAUUUGAGAGGGUUACCAGAGACUAUUGCAUUCUCAACAUUACGCAUGUCCCGGAGGAUGUGGUAGGUGGUGAUACACUCUGGGCAUCUGGGUAUGAGGUAUACGACUGGCUUUCACCUCCUAUGCAAAGGCUUGCCGACGGCUUGACAGCUGUCCAUUACCACCCACAUUACGCAAAUACUGCCGAGGAGCAUGGUAUUGAACACUUGGCAGGAGACCGCGGCGCUCCAGAGAAUACAAGCCUUGACUUUAAGGCCCGUCAUCCUGUGGUUCGUACAAACCCAGUCACUGGCUGGAAGAGCCUUUUCGGUGCAGCUGGUCAAGUAGAGCAUGGCUGGAUUGAAGGAGUCAGCAAGCGCGAAUGUCAGUUUCUAAAACAGUACUUUCAUCAACUAAUUAGUGAAAAUCAUGACCUUCAAGAUUCAAAUGAGGUACAAUAUAGUUGGUCGGUAUUUCAUACCACCACAUACGAUUAUACGGGUAAACGUCAGGGGAACCGUAUUGUUUCGCUGGGCAAGAUUCCAUAUCAUGAUCCCGCCUUCACCUCACGGCGUCAGGCGCUAGCAACUGAAAAUAAUCCGUAG